AGCACAGUCACUUCUCAGGCCCUGGCUUCACUUGGCCAAGCAGCAAUUUCCAACACAGAUAAUCAGCUGUUUGAAGAAAAAAAAUAUUCAGCAAAUUAACUAAAUUAACCUUAGCAGGGUUUAUUUGACCAAAGAAUGAUUCAUGAAUUGGGCAAGACUCAUAACAGCAGUUCCAGCCACGGGAGCAGCAGGCUGCGACCGGAGACCCUGGAAGGCACAGAGAGAAAGCACUGCGUCCACUUCAAGCAAGAUGGGGCUCAUGGCUGUCCUGAUGCUACCCCUGCUGCUGCUGGGAAUCAGCGGCCUCCUCUUCAUUUACCAGGAGGCAUCCAGGCUGUGGUCGAAGUCUGCCGUGCAGAACAAAGUGGUGGUCAUCACAGAUGCCAUCUCGGGACUGGGAAAGGAGUGUGCUCGGGUGUUCCAUGCAGGUGGGGCAAGGUUGGUGCUGUGUGGAAAGAACUGGGAGGGGCUGGAGAGCCUCUAUGCCACCUUGACCAGUGUGGCUGACCCCAGCAAGACAUUCACCCCCAAGCUGGUCCUCCUGGAUCUCUCAGACAUUAGCUGUGUUCAAGAUGUGGCCAAAGAGGUCCUGGACUGCUACGGCUGUGUGGACAUCCUCAUCAACAACGCCAGUGUGAAAGUGAAGGGUCCUGCCCACAAGAUUUCCCUGGAGCUUGACAAAAAGAUCAUGGAUGCCAACUACUUCGGACCCAUCACUUUAACCAAAGUUCUGCUUCCCAACAUGAUCUCCAGGAGAACAGGCCAGAUCGUGUUGGUGAACAACAUCCAAGCGAAGUUUGGGAUCCCAUUCCGCACAGCUUAUGCAGCCUCUAAGCAUGCUGUCAUGGGCUUCUUUGACUGCCUCCGAGCUGAGGUUGAGGAAUACGAUGUUGUGGUCAGCACCGUGAGCCCAACUUUCAUCCGCUCCUACCGUGCUUCCCCUGAGCAAAGAAACUGGGAGACACCCAUUUGUAAAUUCUUCUGCAGGAAGCUAGCCUAUGGCGUGCACCCAGUGGAGGUGGCUGAGGAAGUGAUGCGCACAGUACGGAGGAAGAAGCAAGAGGUGUUCAUGGCCAACCCGGUCCCCAAGGCUGCCGUGUUCAUCCGCACCUUCUUCCCCGAGUUCUUCUUCGCUGUGGUGGCCUGUGGGGUGAAGGAGAAGCUCAAUGUCCCAGAAGAGGGUUAACCUUGUGGCCAAAGGGGUCACUCGAGGGGAAUAAAGGCUUUCCUAGAGAG